UGUCAAGAGGCUAUGUACAUAAGAGCAGUGGUGCCUGGGGUGUAUAAAAACCUAAGUCGGAUUCGUGCGGACCCGUAACUGAUUGGGAUUUGAUCCGGGAUCGGCAGCCACAAUGCUUUCGAUCCUCUUCUUUGCCGCUCUCUUCGCCGCCGCAGCCUGCAACUCCAUCAACCCGCGCAUCGUGCAGGGGAUAGUAGCUGACAAGAACGAGUUUCCAUGGCAACUGUCGCUGCAGCUUGACGGCUCGCACAUCUGUGGCGCCGCCGUCGUCAGUGCCAACGCCGCCAUCACAGCAGCCCACUGCGUUGACUUUUCUGGCUAUGAGGUGAACAGGUUUGCCGUGGUUUGUGGCCUUCAUUCACUCACAGACGAUGGUCAGCGCCGCGUGGCAUCAAAAAUAACCAAGCAUCCAAGCUAUGAUGCCAACGCCUUCGGCUACCCCAACGACAUCGCCGUCAUCAAGUUUGACAUCCCCUUCGACUUCGACGCCUCGUGCCAGCCCGCACGUCUUCCGCGGGACAACACCAAGACUUACGUGAAGGACGCACGAAUCUCUGGCUGGGGCCGGCUGUACGGCAAUGGUCCACUGCCCACUCUGCUGAAGAAAGCGGACAUCCCUGUAAUCACCAACACACAGUGCGGCACGGCUCACAGCAUCAUUGGGAUUAUUAACCCCAUCAGGGCCUCGCACAUCUGCGUGCUGGACCCCACCGGCGUCCACGGUGCCUGCAACGGUGACAGCGGUGGCCCCAUGACCGUCUUGACAAAGAUACUGGCAACUACAAGGUGGUCGGCUUGACCAGCUGGGGCCGUUCUGGGUGCGACACGAAAUAUCCGAGUGUGUACACUCGUGUCAGCUCCUUCCUGAGCUGGAUCCAGUCAAACAUCUAAGUUAAAAAAAAAAAACCAGAGGGAAGAUCUCCAGCGAUUUUUUCUAGGAUGAAGAGAGUGGAAAUAACAUGUUUUGUCAGCCUGGACAAGGCUUGGAGUUAGGCCGAUGACUGAUAAGUGGAAUGCAUAAUAUUUUAUGUUGUAUUCACUGUCAAGAUAAAGUCUUACUGAGAUAUGAAUAAAGAAAGCUUGAAAAGAGUAA